AUGGCAAUCCCAAACGUUGCAUUGCAAAAGCUGCUCCAAGAGGUCGAAACGCAGGCUGUCCUUUCCCAGCAGAAAAUCACUCAAACCCAGGCAGAACUGAGUGCCAAACGACGCGAUGCACGGUUGAACCACCUUACCUCGAAUGAGCUCAAGUCUCUUUCCAAGGGCACAAAUGUAUACGAAGGAGUGGGGAAAAUGUUCGUUGCCGUGCCCAUCUCCGAACUGAACCAGCGUCUGGCCACCGAAGCAAGCACAUUGAACAAAGACAUCGCCGAUUUGGACAAAAAGCUACACUAUCAAGAAACCACCUACAAAAAUAGCCGGCAGCAUAUCGAGAAGAUUCUACAGUCCGGGUCUGUCUGA